CGUAGCUGUGGAAAAGAGUCCGGUAUGAUUCAGUGACAUUGUUUUCCGUUUUACAUGUACAAUAGACUGACUUUCUGUGGUAGGAUUCUGUGAAUCAACAGGAAGAUAUGCCGGCUGUACUGACCUCGAGACCCCAGACGGGACUGUCUUUCCUGGCCCCAGAACCAGAAGAUCUGGAGGACCUUUAUAGCAGAUACAAGAAGCUACAGCAGGAGCUGGAGUUCCUGGAGGUGCAGGAGGAAUACAUCAAAGAUGAACAGAAAAACCUGAAGAAAGAGUUCCUCCAUGCCCAGGAGGAGGUGAAGAGGAUACAGAGCAUCCCACUGGUCAUUGGCCAGUUCUUGGAAGCUGUUGACCAGAACACAGCGAUCGUUGGCUCCACUACAGGGUCCAACUACUAUGUGCGCAUCUUGAGCACCAUUGACAGAGAGCUGCUGAAGCCCAAUGCCUCAGUGGCGUUGCACAAGCACAGCAACGCUUUGGUGGAUGUUCUCCCUCCUGAAGCCGACAGCAGCAUCAUGAUGCUGACGUCAGACCAAAAGCCAGAUGUGAUGUACGCUGACAUUGGUGGUAUGGACAUCCAGAAGCAGGAAGUCAGAGAAGCUGUCGAGCUUCCACUCACACACUUUGAGCUCUACAAACAGAUUGGCAUUGACCCACCCAGGGGUGUCCUGAUGUACGGACCUCCAGGUUGUGGUAAGACCAUGUUGGCCAAGGCAGUGGCACAUCACACUACAGCGGCGUUCAUCCGUGUGGUUGGCUCUGAAUUUGUUCAGAAGUACUUGGGCGAGGGUCCUCGCAUGGUGCGUGACGUCUUCCGGCUGGCCAAAGAAAACGCCCCCGCCAUCAUCUUCAUCGAUGAGAUUGAUGCCAUUGCCACAAAGCGUUUUGAUGCACAGACUGGAGCUGACAGAGAGGUGCAGAGAAUCUUACUGGAGCUCUUAAACCAAAUGGAUGGUUUUGACCAGAACGUCAAUGUCAAGGUGAUUAUGGCCACCAACAGAGCCGACACUCUGGACCCAGCUCUGCUGCGUCCUGGUCGUCUGGACAGAAAGAUUGAGUUCCCCUUGCCCGACCGCAGGCAGAAACGUCUCAUUUUCUCCACCAUCACCAGUAAAAUGAAUCUCUCUGAGGAGGUGGACCUGGAGGACUAUGUGGCCAGACCAGACAAGAUAUCUGGAGCCGACAUUAACUCCAUCUGCCAAGAGGCUGGCAUGUUGGCUGUGCGUGAGAACAGGUAUAUCGUCCUGGCUAAAGACUUUGAAAAAGCGUACAAGACGGUCAUCAAAAAGGAUGAACAGGAGCACGAGUUCUACAAGUAGAGAGAAAAUACAUCCUGGGAAAAAGGUGUCAAGAAACUCAAAGUUUAUUAUUGAUUUAUGUCAGUGUGUCUGUAUCUACUGUGUGUCUGUUAUGGAUUUGCAGUCCCUGACUGACAUUGAUUUUGGACUAAAUUUACUCACUGCAGUACAAGGCCUAAUGUCAAGAUCUGCUCUGUGUCUGCAGCCCCCAUGCAAUGAAGUGUUUUUGUACCAGCACUUAACUGGUUCAUCAAAAUAUCUGGCCCUGACUGUAGCUAGGAUAGAAUAUUUGUACCCAUAUGUACUCACUUCACAAGAUGUUACUUUAAACAAUCCAUUAAAGAUGUUUUCCAUAAAAACAUGAA